AUGGCAUUGAUUUUUUACUCUCGUACUGUCAUCUUUGUUUCUUUUCUGUUAUUACUGAGUCACGGCCGAGUUGAUUCAGAGCCUGUACAAGACAAGCAAGCUCUCCUUGCCUUUCUUUCCCGAGUUCCUCACGAAAAUCGCCUUCAAUGGAACGCAUCUGCCUCGGUCUGCACCUGGGUCGGGAUCGAGUGCGAUGCUAACCAAUCUUUCGUGUAUACUCUCCGGCUUCCUGGUGUUGGCCUCGUAGGCCCAAUUCCACCAAACACACUAGGCAGACUGAGUCAGCUUCGAGUUUUGAGUCUUCGCUCAAACCGUCUCUCCGGUGAGAUCCCCUCUGAUUUCUCUAAUUUAACCCUCCUCCGAAGCCUGUACCUCCAAAAAAAUGAGUUUACAGGUGAUUUUCCUCCGAGUUUGACUCGGUUGACUCGGUUAACCCGUCUUGAUCUCUCAUCAAACAACUUCACCGGUUCAAUCCCAUUUUCUGUCAAUAAUUUGACCCACUUGACAGGGCUUUUAUUGGAGAACAACCAAUUAUCCGGUAACUUACCGAGUGUUAACCCAGCAAAUUUGACAGAUUUUAAUGUUUCCAACAACAAUCUGAAUGGUUCAAUCCCUGCAGUUUUAGCCAAGUUCCCUGCAUCCUCUUUUUCUGGAAAUUUACAACUUUGCGGUAGCCCAUUACCGCCUUGUAACCCAUUUUUCCCAUCUCCAGCUCCAUCCCCAUCAGAAACCCCUCCUGGGCUUCCGUCAGCGCACAAAAAGUCAAAGAAACUUUCCACGGCUGCCAUUGUUUUAAUUGCAGUGGGCUCUGCUCUGGUUGCUCUGUUAUUAUUGCUGUUUUUGCUUUUAUGUAUCCGGAGGAAACAACGGAGGCAGCCCUCAAAAACUCCAAAGCCAACGGCGGCAGCACGCGCUGUUACAGUGGAGGCAGGGACAUCAUCGUCAAAGGAUGAUAUCACUGGUGGGUCAGCAGAGGCUGAGAGGAACAAGCUGGUGUUUUUCGAAGGAGGGAUUUACAGCUUCGAUUUGGAGGAUUUAUUGAGGGCUUCUGCAGAGGUUUUGGGGAAAGGAAGUGUGGGGACUUCAUAUAAAGCUGUGUUGGAGGAAGGAACUACUGUGGUGGUGAAGAGGUUGAAAGAUGUGGUGGUUACUAAAAAGGAGUUCGAGACGCAAAUGGAGGUUUUGGGCAAGAUUAAGCAUGAUAAUGUGGUUCCAUUAAGAGCUUUUUAUUUUUCAAAAGAUGAGAAGUUGCUUGUUUCUGAUUUCAUGCCUGCCGGCAGCUUGUCUGCUCUUCUUCACGGUAGUAGAGGGUCAGGCCGCACUCCGUUAGACUGGGAUAACCGGAUGAGAAUAGCAAUGAGUGCAGCCAGAGGUCUUGCCCACCUCCACGUCAUGGGCAAGGUGGUUCAUGGCAACAUCAAAUCAUCCAACAUUCUACUCCGACCUGACCAUGACGCUUGCGUCUCAGAUUUCGGACUCAACCCACUUUUUGGCACGUCAACACCACCUAGCCGAGUCGCAGGCUAUCGUGCCCCAGAAGUCGUGGAAACCCGUAAAGUUACCUUCAAAUCCGACGUGUACAGUUUUGGUGUGUUGCUACUUGAGCUCCUAACAGGCAAAGCACCCAAUCAAGCCUCGUUAGGCGAAGAAGGUAUUGAUUUGCCUAGGUGGGUCCAGUCAGUGGUUCGUGAGGAAUGGACUGCCGAGGUGUUUGAUGUGGAGUUGAUGAGGUACCAUAACAUUGAGGAGGAAAUGGUGCAGCUGUUGCAAAUAGCAAUGACAUGUGUUUCAACUGUGCCUGAUCAAAGACCGGCAAUGCAAGAGGUUUUAAGGAUGAUUGAGGAUAUGAAUAGGGGAGAGACAGAUGAUGGGUUACGACAAUCGUCUGAUGAUCCAUCCAAAGGAUCCGACGGUCACACUCCUCCACCGGAGUCCAGGACGCCACCUAGUGCUAUCACACCCUAG